CUGUUCAUCCACUCAUUCACGGAGAUUUCUUUGUGGUUUUCACGUGUGUUACGAGUAAAUAUAAAAUGAAGUCUGUAACGGUGUGUUUGGCGGUUGUUGUGCUGGUAGCUUUGGUGGAAGGACAAGGGAUACCAACAAAAAAAUGCCCUCCCGGUGAACAUUCAGUGCUAUACUGUCCUAGGAUGGCAGAGCCGGACUGCACCAACCCCACUGUACACGAACGAAAUGCGCCUGGAGCAUGUGACAUCCCCGAUUGUUUCUGCAACACUCCCACUGUGCGGAACCUGGACACUGGCAAGUGUGUUAAAUUGGAGGACUGUCCGAAGAAGAAUUAUUAAAAUUCUCACAAAAUAUUAGGUUUUAGAAUCUCUCAAAAGAUUUUUUUUGUAAUUAAUAGAAAAUUAAUAAUUUUUUAAGCCGUAUGCUAUUGUUACAACCGUUGCCGUUUGACUUGUUAUUAACUAUUUAUUUUAUCGUUGUUACAAUUUAGAUGCCUUACAAAUACUUUAGGUUUAUGUAAUAUUCGAAUCCUGUAGAACACAUACUCGUAAGUAGGUACAUUAAUUAC